AUGCUUGUCCGCCUCGCUGAGCCAAUCAGCGAGCGAUCUCUCACAGCAUAUCUCUUCUACCAGCUGCAAUGGUUCGACAAGUCCCUAGAUGCGUCGUCGAUCGCGAAGCAGGCCGGGCAUCUGACUGCAGCCUUUGCUGCUUCUCAAUGCGUAACAUUGAUGUGGUGGGGACGAGCAGCCGAUAGCCCGGUGCUCGGUAGGAAGGGCGUUCUUGUUAUUGGCCUGCUAGGCUCGGCGAUCUCAGCACUUGGCAUGGGUUUCUCAACUACAUAUCGGUCUGCCAUGUUGUUUAGGAUGCUAGCUGGUGCUCUCAAUGAUAACGUUGGCGUUCUCAGGACAAUGGUGUCUGAGGUUGUUGUUGACAAGAGGUCCAACUGUCGGGGGUACCGUCUUGGGAUGGGGGCUGUCAAACAAUCUUGUUGGAAUUCCGUUCUGGGGAAUGGCUUUACUUGCUUCGUUGAACUUCAGUCUUCUGUUGUUGGUGAAGGAUUCGGAUGCCUCAUGAGUGGGUUGUUGGGUCAUCUGGUCAACACUAAAUACAUCCUAUGA